CUGGGCUAUAUAACCCCACGUGCAACCUCCAUAUAUCUCGAUCGAGCUAAAACCGGCAAGGCACGAGCCACACUUUUGGAAGAGCACGCAAAGGCAAACAGUCUUCGCGAAGCAAUUCAAAGGGGCCGAUCGACCCAUGGCGAACCUUGGAUGGUUAGCCUCCCUCGCCGCCGCCGUCGUCGUGGUGGCGCUCCGCUCGCCGUUCGCCACCGCGCAGCUGAGGCCGGGGUACUACGCCAGCAUCUGCCCCAACCUGGAGACCAUUGUCCGGAACUCCGUCAGGCAGUCCAUGGCCCAGUCCCAAAUCUCCGCGGGGGCCACGCUCAGGCUCUUCUUCCAUGACUGCGCCGUCAGGGGCUGCGAUGCGUCGGUCAUGAUCGUGAACUCGAACGGCGACGACGAGUGGGGGAGCCCGGACGACCAGUCCCUGAAGCCGCAGGGCUUCCAGACGGUCCUGGACGCCAAGGCCGCCGUCGACAAGGACCCGCAGUGCCGUUACAAGGUGUCCUGCGCCGACAUACUCGCCCUCGCCGCACGAGAAUCCGUCGUCCAGAGCGGAGGGCCGUACUACCAGGUGGAGCUGGGCAGGUACGACGGGAAGGUCUCGACGAAGAGCAGCGUGGUGCUGCCGCACGUCGACUUCAACCUCGACAAGCUCAACGGCUUCUUCUCAGGCUUGGGCCUCUCCCAGACCGACAUGAUCGCACUCUCAGGUGGCCACACCAUGGGCGCGGCAGACUGCAGCUUCUUCCAGUCUAGGAUCGGCACCGACCCGACCAUGGACUCGGGCUUCGCGGCGCAGCUCCGGGGCACCUGCACCAGCAGCCAGAGCUCCGCCUUCCUCGACCCGACGCCGCUGGGAUUCGACAACUCCUACUACAAAAACCUGCAGGGCGGCAGGGGCCUCCUGGGCUCCGACCAGGUGCUGUACACGGACCCGAGGUCACGGGGCACCGUCAACUACUACGCGUCCAACCAAGGCACCUUCUUCUACGACUUCACCGUCGCCAUGACCAAGCUCGGCAGGGUAGGGGUCAAGACGGCGGCCGACGGCGAGAUACGCCGCGACUGCCGGUACACGAAUUAGUUACAGAGUCGCCGCCGGCAGGUUGCUCAGUUGCUCACACAGUUCAAAAAGAAAAACUGUCAAUGACGCAACUACAAUAAGAUCGAUCAUGUUGUUAUACAUGCAUCUGGCUUUGAUUCUUGGAGCCCAUGAUGUCUUCAACUAAUCGACUGUAAGAUGUCCUUGACUGGUCGAAUUGUGAUGCCUUGCCGUUGGAUA